AAUACCAGAAUCGGAUUUGAUCUCAGUGGGUGUUGCCUUCUUAUUCUUUUUGGCGUCCCCUCUGUUGAAGUAGAUCGCGCACAACCUAUUAAGAAGAAGCACGAGAAUCCGGGACUGCCAUGUGGUCACUCGGCUCGCGCUCCCGUCACCACGCACGAGAGUUGAGUGGGAUGGAAACUCUAAAGCUGUUUUGAGAGAAGAGACUCUAUCCAGCCUCGCAGUUCUCAUCACGCAGUAGCCUACAGACGGACGUUUUGUCCUUAUUUUAGGCCUGUUAAUUUGAUGCAAACACACUCGCUCAUCUGACUUCGUUUUCUGAUAAAAGACUUCCAGGAAUGGAGUCGAUACCCAGUCAGCCUUCUACGGGACGAGAUGUUUGCUCUUCCCCCAACUCAAAGCGAGAACUGCAGCCUUACUCUAGCAGCAGCUCGCUGAAGCCAAAUCAAGUGAGUGAGACUAUGCUGUACGGAGUGCCCAUCGUCUCUUUGGUCAUCGACGGUCAGGAGAGGCUGUGUCUGGCGCAGAUUUCCAACACUUUAUUGAAGCACUACAGCUACAACGAAAUCCACAACAGACGCGUGGCGCUUGGAAUUACGUGUGUGCAGUGCACACCGGUGCAGCUGGAGAUCCUAAGGCGCGCAGGGGCAAUGCCCAUCUCCUCACGCCGCUGUGGCAUGAUCACCAAACGCGAGGCCGAGCGCCUCUGCAAAUCCUUCCUCGGGGCUCACAACCCUCCCAAAUUACCCGAGAAUUUUGCAUUCGAUGUUUCACACGAGUGCGCCUGGGGCUGCCGAGGAAGCUUCAUACCUGCGAGGUACAACAGCUCCAGGGCAAAAUGCAUCAAGUGCACGUAUUGCAAUAUGUAUUUUUCACCCAACAAAUUUAUAUUUCAUUCGCACCGCACACCUGAGUCUAAAUACACACAGCCGGACGCGGCCAAUUUCAAUUCAUGGAGACGCCAUCUAAAACUCACCGACAAAAGCUUGUCUGAUGACAUUUGUCAUGCGUGGGAGGACGUCAAGGCCAUGUUUAACGGCGGGAGCCGGAAACGGGCAAUGCCAGGGCAUGGACCAGAAAUGUCUUCCCCGCUUAAACCGCAGGCCUCCGGAAACAUCACGCAGACCGCUUCCGCUGAUAUUCCUCACAAAACUUUGCGCUGCGACGACGACCGUGGUAACCUCAGUUUAACCAACAGCGUGCGUAACUACCCGGUCAUCCCUGUGCCUAGUAAGAGUUUCGGCAUACUUCAGAAGAUCCCACCACCCAUCUUCCCGCAUCCAUAUAGUUUCCCAGCAUUUGGACUGUGUCAAAAGAAGGAUGAUGGAGUUGGUGAGCAGAAUAAGACCAAUGUCCCUGGUGUGUUUUGGCCCGGUGCGAAGGACGGUAUCUAUCCAUCGUUCCCCAUGUUUUGGCCUACCGCGGGCAGCCUGCCGCUCUCAUCCUAUCAACCAGCACAACCAAAAUCACACACGGAGCUCCUGGGUGGCCGGCACACCGAGACAGACAUGUCAGAAAGUGAGCGGGGAGGAAACACACCUAGAGACAGUCUGUUCGACAGCGAGCGCUGCUCCAGUUCGCAGUCCCUCAGGAACGACGAGGACAAAUCUGGGGACGAGGCCAGGUCAAGUGAGGGUCAACCCAGCACCCCCAGAAAGCUGAGCUAUAUUUCUGCGUUCAGACCUGUAGUUAAAGACGCAGAGAGCAUAGCUAAGCUCUACGGGAACAGGGACGCGUACAGCGGAGCUCAUCCUGGCCAUUUGUCUCCAGACGUUGUGAGCUCCAGCUCCAGCUAUAGGUCAACCUCUCCGUGUGUGGACAGCGAGGAAGAACCGGAUGUCGACGUGGAGACUCACAGAAUUCCGGAGGAUGAGGAGUCUAUACAACUUUCUGUGGAUGAUCGACAAAGUCCCGUGAGGGAAAACAGUCAAACGCCGCAGCCGGACGAUGACCAGAUAGCCACUUUUAGUGACGCGGGCUCCCCUGAUCCGAAGCAGAACAAGGAGGUGGCAAAGAAAAAUGAUGCCAUUGCUUACGAAGUGUACUCACAUGAAAAGGAUGGAGCAUCUAUUCAGAGCACACUGCCCACUAAACCUCCUCGCUGCGCACCGGAAACAAACGAUUCACACAUUUCAAACAACAGCCCUACUGACGACGAAUGUGAAUCACAAAAAUCCUGUUCGGAUCAAAUUAGCGAUUUCAAAGAGAGCCCAAGCGACGCUACAUUUAGAAGUACUGAUAACAGAUUUAAUUUCGAGAAAGACAUCGAGAAUAUGGCGAAAGAGGAGCUCCAAAAGCAGCUCUUGGAGCAAGUGGAGCUAAGAAAAAAAAUGGAACGGGAAUUUCAAAGUUUGAAAGAUAAUUUUCAGGAUCAAAUGAAGAGGGAACUGUCUUAUCGAGAGGAGAUGGUCCAGCAGCUGCAGAUUGUACGAGACACAUUGUGCAACGAGUUGGAUCAGGAGGGAAAGGCUCGUUAUGCAAUUCAGCAGAAGCUUAAAGAAGCUCACGACGCUCUUCACCAUUUCUCCUGCAAAAUGCUCACUCCACGCCACUGCACAGGGACCUGCACAUUCAAGCCACCCCUCUUACCACCUUAACUUAAAGCUGCAUCCCAGGAUCCCAGUGACAUCUGUAAACCUCCCCUAAAGGAUUUCUCCACUUACACUCUGU